CCUAAAUAAUAAAUUAACCGUCCCACUUAACUAUGUGUUGUUGGAAAUAACGAAACAAAUUAAACACAAUGCAGUAAUUCGUGUAUGUGUACGUUUUGGUACCAAAAGUGUGUCGAAAUGCAGCGGAUUUUUAAAUUGUCAAUAGUAUAGGAAGUUAAAACAAGGUUAAUCCGCGGUCUUGCUUAAGUAGGUACGCUCGCGAGUUUCUGGCUGAAUGGCUUUAGUAUAAUCGAGAAAUGACUAAAUCCACACCGACGGAUGAAAUCGGUAAGCCGAUUCCCUACGAUCCUGAUUUCAAGGGCCCUUUGAAAAACAGAUCAUGCACAGAUAUAAUAUGUCUCUUACUUUUUGCUGUGUUCAUUGUAUGUUGGGUUUUAGUUGGAAUCUUUGCCAUUAAAAAUGGAGAUCCUGAAUUACUAUUUGUACCAAGGGACUCUUUAGGGCGAAGAUGCGGACUGGACCAUGGUGUAGAGGAUAAAAAAUAUUUGUUGUUUUAUGAUUUAACAAAAUGUUUGAAAGUGCAGGUGCCUUUUACAGGAUGUCCAACCAAACAGAUUUGUGUAAAAUCCUGCCCAGAUAAAGUCCAGGUAGGACCAGAUUACGAUAGUAAUUGGCGUCAACAAUUUUGUGAUGUAGAUUGUCCCCCGUGGGUUCUGCCUAGUAAACCAGUAUUAAAGCGCUGUUUGUAUAACGUUGCUGACAGGAGAGCUUUGCAUAAUGGCGUGUCCCAAGUUAAAGAGGACGAGAUCGCCGUUUUAAAAGACGAACUGAGACCGAUCAAACUGUAUGCAUCGUUGUUCGUACAAAAUGGUAUAGCGGUUUUUACUGACGAUCCAGAAUACCAAAAGGUUGGUCAAGUGAUCGUUAAAGAUGUAAUUAAUUCAUGGUGGAAAAUUCUUAUUGGAAUUGGAGUGGCAGUUUUUGUUUGUCUUUUAUACAUUUUCAUGUUAAGAUUUAUUGCCGGAAUAAUGGUGUGGCUAUCGAUAUUGGGAGUUAUAGCCUUACUAGUAGCGGGAGUUUAUUUCUCACAUCACGAAUGGAAGAGGAUUCCCAGUUUGAAGGAAAACGAGACAAAAAAAAGAUUGUAUAUGGCUAGUCUCGUUAUUUGUUCUGUGAUAUUAGCGAUUGUUUUACUUGUGAUUUUGUUUUUAAGAAAAAGGAUCGUUUUAGCCAUUGCGCUUAUAAAAGAAGGCAGCAAAGCUGUAAGUUCGGUAACAUCGGUGCUAGUUUUCCCGAUAGUACCGUGGAUCUUGCAAAUUGGAGUUAUAGCAUAUGCACUUGUUGUUUGUUUAUACCUGGCAACAACCGGUGAGCCUAUUUAUAAAUAUAGAACCUUGGAUAACGAUACAGGAGUUGAUAAGUGCAAUGUGGUUGAUCAAUUUUGCAAUCCAGGAUAUAAUACUAACUCUGGUUGUAUAUGUAAAUUUAUUGGUACCAAAACUACUGCUUACUACAAAUAUGCACAAGCCUAUAACGUAUUUGGAUUUUUCUGGCUUGCCUUUUUCGUAUCUGCUUUAUCCCAGAUGAUAUUGGCUGGAGUUUUUGCUCAAUGGUAUUGGACUUUCAAAAAACGUAACCUUCCAUUUUUUGCUGUCACCAGUUCCGUUCUAAGAACAUUAAGGUAUCAUAUUGGAACCCUGGCUUUCGGCUCUUUAUUGGUGGCAAUUUGUCGCAUGAUUCGAGUAAUGCUGGAAUACAUCGAUCACAAAUUAAAAAAAUACGACAACCCACUCACCAAAGCGAUUUUGUGCUGCAUGAAAUGUUUUUUCUGGUGCCUCGAGAAGUUUUUGAAGUUCAUCAACAAAAAUGCCUACAUUAUGUGUGCGAUACAUGGAAAAAAUUUCUGCGCUAGCGCAAAGGAUGCCUUUUUACUUUUAAUGAGGAACAUUGUGCGAGUUUUUAUUUUAGAUAAGGUGACUGAUUUUUUAUUCUUUUUAAGCAAACUUUUAAUUACAAUUGGCGUUGGUGCCUUAGCAUAUGUGUGUUUUGUAACUGAUCUUACGACUAUUGACAACUCUAACAUUCAGUACGGUUUUGUACCAGUAGUCAUGAUAAUGAUUAUUACGUAUUUAAUUUCGUCCAUAUUUUUUAAUGUUUAUAGCAUGGCCGUGGAUACCUUAUUUUUAUGUUUCUUGGAAGACUGUGAAAGAAACGAUGGAUCGGCUGAAAGGCCAUACUUCAUGUCUAAAAAUCUUAUGAACAUAUUCAAUAAGAAAAAUAAGCAGUCUUAAAUAUGUUUAACUGCCUUAAGUGAUAUUUUACCAAAUUAAAGUAUUCAAGCCAUUUUAAUCAUAUGAUCUACAAAACAACUAGUGUAAUAGUUUUAUGAAUUUUAAUAUAUUUAUUUUAAGAAUAA